AUGGCAAUGGGUGUGUCUCAAAAAUGGGUUUGUGUGAUUCUUCUUCUCUUGAGCAUUGUCUUCCACUUGAGUGCCCUUAAUCUUGGAGAUGACAAGGUUGAGAAAGAGAGGUUUGGCGAAGGUGGGAGCUUCGGUGGUCGUGGUGGCCGUUUUGGAGGUGGUAGGGGUGCUGGUGGAGGUUUUGGUAGUGGUGGAGGUGCUGGAGGAGGCAUUGGGGGAGGAGCUGGAGGUGGUGUAGGAGGAGGAGGAGGGUUUGGAGGUGGUGGCGGCGGCGGUGUUGGUGGUGGGUCUGGACAUGGUAGUGGGUUUGGAGCUGGAGGAGGUUUAGGUGGAGGUGCAGGAGGAGGUGUGGGUGGAGGUGGUGAAGGUGGAGGUGGCGGUGGCGGUGUUGGUGGGGGAUCUGGCCACGGUAGCGGAUUUGGAGCUGGGGGAGGUCUAGGUGGUGGUGCAGGAGGGGGAGUGGGUGGAGGUGGUGGCUUUGGUGGUGGUGAAGGUGGAGGUGGCGGUGGCGGUGUUGGUGGUGGAUCUGGCCACGGUAGCGGAUUUGGAGCUGGGGGAGGUCUAGUGGUGCUGGAGGAGGAUCAGGGCAAGGUGGUGGAUUCGGAGCUGGUGGAGGCUUAG